AUGAGGCACUGCAUUACCCGGAUACAACCGUCUGACAUUACCAUCCGGCCGGUCAGCGAAGUAUUAUCCGGUGCCUGUGUGGAGCCCUGUGAGCUCCGCGGCAAGCGCGCCAACCUCCCACGAGAGAACGACACGCCCAGCGGCCCUAGCGUCGAGGAAAUCUGCAGCGCCACCUACGACGAUCCCGCGCAAGUCUGGAAGACCACCGGCGCCGGCGCCUACCUCAACGCGUUCAUCACCAAGCACACCGCCGACAACUGGACGUGUCGCGCAUCCAACCCGCCCCAGGUCUUCCACGUCUGGAACGCCAUCACCAUCGCCCACAGGAUGAUGAAUGCCAUGCGCGAAGGCCUCCAGGACUUUGUCCUCGUGGAAAGCUUAAACGUGGACCAGAUCGUGGCCGACUUUGGGCCGCCCCAGACACCCAACCUGGACGGCAUCCUCGGCGGCGCGUUUACCAUCGCGGCCGACAUCAAGAAGCAGCUGGCGGCCGCCUUCACCAGCGCCAACGAGCAUCUUGCGGGUUUGACCAGGGUUAUCUUUGGUGGCUCUGGCGUCGAUUCGCUCCCGGGAGCUGCCGCCUUCAAAGCACUUGAGGCUGUCGCCAAGGCUAUCGAGGCCAUCACGGGGUCCGACAAGCCCACCAACCCCGACAUCGUCCCAGUUACCAACCCCAUCUCCUCGUUCUUCGCAAAUGGAAAAUUCCUCAUCAAGGUUACCUCAACUGGGAGCAUUGAUACGAUGGUGAAGAACAUCCGACAACGACUUGCCAUGACUGCUCUCCAGGUUUCCGGUCACUUUAUCUUUGUCGACCAUGGUCUCGGUGCACGAUGGAUCGACAACGAAUGCUUCCAAAUCUACACAUUCAAUCCGGCAUCCGGGAACAACGGCCGCGCACACAUCAGUCGCAUCGACGGGGCCAAGAUUGGCAAGUUCGACGACGGCCAAUCCAACUACAACCUCAGGGUAGAGGAAGUCUACAACAACGCCAACGACUGCUUCAACAAGCAUCCCAACUACGACGGCGACGUGAACCCUGCCCCUGCGCUCCUGACACGAGGAGACUCGGAUGUGGCGUACCCAGAGUGCUUCUUCCCCUUGCCCGUCAUCAAGGCACCGGGUACCCCGUGCAAGCUCGAGGAUAGCCAAAUGGAGAAGUUGCCAGAGGUCCUGCGAAUCACGCCUGACAAUUGCUCGGAUAGGAUUCAAAUUUGCUUCCCUCCUGGACCAUGCCCCGCGUAG